AUGUCGCGCUGGUUUUGCCUUUUGGGCGGUGUCAUCUCGUUGCUGUCAACCGCACAAGCAUUCUAUCUUCCUGGAGCAGCGCCUCAUGAUUACACAGAAGGCGAGGUCGUAGAACUUUACGUCAAUGCCUUGACCCCCAUGCUGGGCGGAUACGAUAAUGCGAAACUGAAAUCUCUGAUUAACUAUGACUACUAUGACCCAAGGUUCCACUUCUGCACCCCAGAAGGGGGCCCGCGCAAGGAGCCCGAGUCUUUGGGGUCCAUUCUAUUUGGAGAUAGGAUAUUCAACUCGCCAUAUGAUAUUAGAAUGCUCGAAGACAAUGGAACUUGUAGAACGCUCUGCAGGACAGAGAUUCCAGCGCAAGAUGCCAAAUAUGUCAACGAUCGCAUUCGUGAAGACUACGCACUAAAUUGGCUAGUGGAUGGUCUUCCAGCAGCUGAGAUGAAGCAAGAUAUAAAGACCGGAGACCUAUUCUUUGACAUGGGAUUCAAUCUUGGGGAUGAUGAAGGGCAACAGGCGACUACACCCGCACUUCAUAAUCAUUAUGAGAUUGUACUGAGAUAUCACACUCCUCGUCCCGGUGUGCAUCGCAUAGUAGGCGUUCUCGUGUGGCCGACCAGCCAUGGUGGUUCUCAGGAUGCCACUACAGACUGCUCAUCUGCGUCUGGACCACUCCUCCUGCGGGAAGAUCAAAACAAUUCCGUACGCUAUACGUAUCGCGUGAUGUGGAAUGAAUCUGAUACUCCCUGGGCUACCCGUUGGGAUAAUUACCUACACAUAUUCGACCCUCGCAUACAUUGGUUUAGCCUCAUCAACUCAAUUGUCAUCGUAGUGUUCCUCUGCGUCAUGGUCUCCAUGAUCCUGUUACGAACGGUUUCCCGAGAUAUUUCCCGUUACAAUGCGAUUGAUUUGAGCGAGGACGUCCAAGAAGACUGGGGAUGGAAACUCGUGCAUGGAGAGGUGUUUAGGUCACCACGUAAUCCCAUGAUUCUAUCCGUACUCGUUGGAAAUGGUGCACAGUUGUGCGCGAUGGUUGGUGUAACACUCGUAUUCGCUCUUCUAGGUUUCCUGUCACCCUCUAACCGAGGUUCUCUCGCCACGGUCAUGAUGGUUUGUUGGACACUAUUUGGAGGCAUUGGUGGCUAUGUGUCGAGUCGUGUUUAUUCGUCUCUUGGCGGGAAUGAUAGGAGGAAGAACUCGUUUCUCACUGCAACCGUACUACCUGCACUUGUAUUUGCAAUUGUCUUCUUACUAGACCUCUUUCUUAUCGCGGCAGGCUCCUCUGGUGCAGUGCCCUUCGGCACCAUGCUGCUCAUUGUUGUUCUCUGGUUCGGCAUAUCAGCACCUUUGUCUUUGGUUGGAUCAUUUUUCGGAACCAGACAUGGAGGUAUUCCACACCCUGUUAGAGUGAACCAGAUCCCGCGGCAGAUUCCAAAAUCACCUAGAUAUCUUCAACCUUGGGCUGCCACUCUCCUGGCUGGUAUCCUACCAUUUGGUGCUGCUUUCGUUGAGCUUUACUUUGUACUGUCGAGCCUCUUUGCCUCGAGAGCGUACUAUGCGUUUGGCUUCCUAGCACUGACGGCCGGUGUUGUAUCGCUCACCACUGCAACUGUGACAAUUUUGUUCACCUACUUCAUCUUAUGUGCCGAGGAAUAUCGAUGGCAUUGGCGAGCAUUCCUAACAGGAGGCGGCAGCGCUUUUUGGCUUUUGGGAUACGGUGUGUUCUACUGGGCGUCACGUCUUUCCCUAGACUCUUUUUCUAGUGUUGUUCUGUAUAUGGGAUAUCUUUUGCUACUUGCACUUUUGGAUUUCCUUGUCACGGGGACAAUUGGAUUCCUUGCGACGUACUGGGCGGUGAAGAGAUUAUACAGUGCGAUUCGCAUCGAUUAG